AUGACAACCAUAGCUCUUUUGCUGGGAAUUAUUGAUGCUCAGAUUAUCGAAGAUGGCUGGGAGGUUGCCCAUGCAACAUUCUACGGCGGCAUGAAUGGCAGUGAAACUAUGCAAGGAGCUUGCGGGUACGGAGAUCUGUUCGAGGAGGGCUACGGCCUCGAAACAACAGCACUAAGCACAGCCCUAUUCAAUGACGGUCUAACAUGCGGAGCUUGCUACCAAAUCAUGUGCUACAACUCAAAUUGGUGCCUUAAAGGCACCCAAACCAUUCAUGUUACAGCCACCAAUUUUUGCCCUCCUAACUACACCAAACCUACGGGAAACUGGUGCAAUCCACCUUGGAAACACUUUGAUCUAACUCAACCCAUGUUCAGGAAAAUAGCCAUCUAUGAGGGUGGCAUUGUCCCUGUGGCUUAUCGCCGUGUGCCGUGUGUAAAAAAAGGAGGCAUUAAGUUCGAGAUUAAGGGCAACCCUUAUUGGAUUCUUGUGUUGGUUUAUAAUGUGGGUGGUGCUGGUGAUGUUGAUGAUGUUAAGAUUAAGGGGUCUAACACUGGUUGGUUACAAAUGACAAGGAGUUGGGGACAAAAUUGGGUGACUACUACUCCUCUUGUUGGUCAGAGUUUAUCGUUUCAAGUGACUACUAGUGAUGGGAGAAUGGUGGAGUCUGAUAAUGUGGCUCCUGCAAAUUGGAAGUUCAGUGAAACUUAUGAGGGCAAACAGUUUAAUAAUUGA